GCCGCCCCUGGUGGCUCUGCGGUUGAGCCCUGGGUUGCGAGGCUGCCCGCAGCCUCUGCAGCGCCAGUUCGAUCCCCAGCUGCCAGCAAGGGUCCCACCAAAAAAAAAAAAAAAAGGACACGGGCGCUCAGCUCUGCGGGCGGAGGACUGGCCCUCCUGAUGCUGACCGGCCUAACCCGACAGCUGCUUCUUCCCUUGCUCUGCUCCAGCAGUUUUCCGCGGACAGACUCCUCGAGGGACCAGAGGCACCCGGCGAUGGCAGGGGCCAACCACAGCUUCUUGGAGGGCUUCAUCCUGAUGGGCGUCUCUGACCACCCCCAGCUGGAGAAGAUCUUUUUCGGGGUCAUUCUCUUCUCAUACUUGCUGACCCUCGUUGGGAACUCCACCAUCAUCCUGCUUUCCCGCCUGGACGCCCGGCUGCACACCCCCAUGUACUUCUUCCUCAGCAACCUGUCCUCCCUGGACCUUGCCUUUACCACCAGCUCAGUCCCCCAGAUGCUCAUCAACUUAUGGGGGCCAGACAAGACCAUCAGCUACGGCGGCUGUGUGACGCAGCUCUAUGUCUUCCUCUGGCUGGGGGCGACCGAGUGCAUCCUGCUCGUGGUGAUGGCCUUCGACCGCUACGUGGCCGUGUGCAGGCCCCUGCACUACAGCACCAUCAUGAACCCUCGGCUCUGCCGGCUGCUGGCGGCCGUCGCCUGGCUGGGGGGGCUGGGCAACUCUUUGAUUCAGUCAACAUUCACUCUGCAGCUCCCGCUGUGCGGGCACCGGAGGGUGGACAACUUCCUGUGCGAGGUGCCCGCCAUGAUCAAGCUGGCCUGCGGAGACACCAGCCUCAACGAGGCGGUGCUCAAUGGCGUCUGCACCUUCUUCACCGCCGUCCCGCUGAGCGUCAUUCUCAUCUCCUACUGCUACAUCGCCCGGGCCGUGCUGAAGAUCGGCUCGGCCGAGGGCCGGAGAAAGGCCUUCAACACGUGCCUCUCCCACCUGCUGGUGGUGUUCCUCUUCUACGGCUCGGCCAUCUACGGCUACCUGCUGCCGGCCAAGAGCAGCAACCAGGACCAGGGCAAAUUCAUUUCCCUCUUCUACUCUGUGGUCACACCCAUGGUGAACCCCAUCAUCUACACCCUGAGGAAUAAGGAGCCAGGCAAACCUGAGGCGCUAACCCGGUACAACGAGGUGUGUUCUGCACAACCCUAAGCUGCUGGGACGCGGCUAGCGCUGUCUCGGCUGCUCUCCACCCUUUCGUCUGCUGUGGCGCGCAGACCCCAGGGCAGGUGGGAGACGCUGAGGGCUCAGGUUGCUGGCGCAGUGCAGACCUGCCUCGCUGUCUCUGUUGUCCACAUGUGAUUUAUUACACCUUGUAUUUCUAGAGAUUUCUGUGCUGUUCUAAAGAAAACACCUCCACUUGUAGUAUCUUGUACAAUGAAACUAUAAUUCCAUAAAAUUAGGUAUCGUGAAGCCCAGUAAAUACCCAAACAGCUCAUCUUUGAACCCCCUCGUCCAUCACUUUUAUCCACCUCCCUGUCCCUUCUCCAUGUGUAAGUCUGUCUGCCCUCACUUCCCACCCAUCGAUCCCUCCUCGCCCUGUUUUCCCUCCCCUGCAUGUCUGCUUCCCAUUUUCCCUUCUGCCUCAUCCGAUAUUUAAUGAGAAAAAGUAGGAAAAGCCAUUUUCUUUGAUGUAGUUUUAUUUACAUCACUCCCACCCCCACAGCCGCUAGCAAAGCCGCAGGUUUGCUGACAACCUUUGGAUGUGCUGGCACAGUCGGUCAGUGGAGUGUGGAAUGCUCUGGGAUGCCUUAAGCAAGUUUAAGAGCCCAAGAAAGAGCUUCCAUCCUUGAGGCAUGUUCUUUGCCUCCAGCCCUAAUUUCAGUCCUAAAGCUCCUGGAACGCAGCCUGCUGGCUGCACACCACGUUGCCCCUUGAGGAGCUCAGGUAUUGGAAUGAGAAUGUCAUACAUGAUUUUACCCAUUAUCAGAACUGCCCAGGGACUCUGCUCUUCCCGCCACAGCUCAGGUGCUCUCCGCAGACAGGAGAGCGGGGUUCUUAUGAGGGAGUUACUGGCAGCUGCAUUACCAGAGCAAAGGAAGUUGAUAGGUUUUAGAGCUAGUUUCUCAAGAGUCUUCAGUUUUGUGUCUCCCGUAGCACCUAGGCACAAGUCUCAGAGUAGAUGCUCAAUAAACACUCAGUGAAUCAAAUUAAUUAACAAGCCCACCUUUUCCACACUAGGAACUAAAUCUGUCAAAUGAGUCAUUUUCACGUUUGCCACUUUGGGAUCAUCCUGUCACUUGUGAAUGCUGAGCUGACAAUGACAAAUGUCCCCUUUCCAUGUUUCCAUAGCGCCCCGCCCCCAGACAUCUAGUUACACUGGCCUGGCACGAAAAAGCAUCUGUUUUUCCAGCUGCAGAUCAGAACCAAACCUGUUUUCUCAGUUCCUUACACUGCAGUGCUGACAUGUCUUCAGGACUGGCCAACUGACCCAUUAUCUUAGUGAAUCUGGCAAAAUCCAGAGUCUUGCAGGCCCAGUUUGUUUUAUUGAUUAGCACAUUUUCAGAGUAGGUGAAAUUCUUAGCAGAUGACUCACAACCACCACGCUUCCUAAAGCCGAUAAAUAAACCAAAAUACCAGUUGAUUAAUGCAUGAGAACCUUAACUACCCGGGAUAGUGAACAAUCUCAUCCUCUGGCCCAUUCACUUAAGUUGCAGAUUAACUUGGAAGAAAAUAGACAGUCAUUCUUUAAAUGCUUUGGAGUUCUGCAGACACUUGCUAUGGGAAUAUUUGGGGUCUAACUUGGAGUUAGCGGAGUGGCAAGGCACAGGGAAUUAGGAAGGGAACAAGGCUAACCAGCCAUAUCGUCACCUGGAUGCAUCAUGUGGGUCACAUAGGACACCAUCAAAACACGUUCAUUUCAUCCUGCAUGUGGACAUGAAAUAGAGUCAAAACUUGGGGAAAACACAAUAUGAGACGAGCUUCUUAUAAAAGGUUAUGAAGUGGGCCUCCCUAGUGGCGCAGGGGUUAAGCACAGCACUGUGAAGCUAUCCGCAACCUCUGUAGCAUGAGUUCAAACCCCGGCCAGGGAGAUACCCACAGGGCACAGCAGACCUCUCCUGUCUCCCCGCUGCUCCCCUCAGCAAUGUAUUUCAGUCAACCUGCCUGUUCUGCUCCCCGCUCUGUCUCUGAUGAAUCCUCUCACCCCCCGCAUCUCUGGCCUGUACCUCAGUGCUUGUAUGCAUAAAUAAAUCUUAAAAAAAAAAAAAAAAGGUA